CAGCCAACUUGUUCUUGGGCCCUGUUGCGACCGCGGACAGACAGAAGCAAGUGGACCGGUUGAAGCUAAGCUAGUUCAGUCAGAUUUUAGUCCGUAAAAAUAGAGUUUUGCAUUGGUUCUGUAAACGGCAAGUGCACGUGUGUAUUUUAGAAAAAUCAGGGCUACGCGUGAGUAUUUGCAUUGUUUGGCUAACGCUUAAAACGGAGAAUUUAUUUUGGAAAAUCGCUUCUGUUCUGCUAGCUGAUUUGGCGGUAGGCGCCAGUACUGUUUGACAACAGCGCUAUUCGGUCACGUUCCCGUUGUUGUUGUUAGUAGCUGCUAGGUGAAUGUGCUAAUUUCUCUUUGGUGUGAGGAAAGAAAACAAAGAUCACGAUAAACAAAAUACACUGAAACAUGGCAGAAUUUCUCGAAGAUCCGUCGAUUCUUACGAAAGAUAAGCUAAAGAAUGAGCUUACAGCCAACAAUGUGCCACUUCCCAGUGGAGAACAUAAAAAAGAAGUCUAUGUGCAGCUGUAUUUGAAAAACUUAACCAUCCUUAACAACAAGAAAAGUCCGCCUACAGACACUUUCUCCAGUGAUGAAGAGUUACCUGCCCCCGUUGUUACCAACAAGAGUCGAUCUGGAAGAAAAGCCACCAAAAAGACAGACAAGCCGCGCUCAGAGGAAGUGGAGGUGGCAGAUCUCUCUGAUGAAGAACUAAAGCAACAGCUGGCAAAGCAUGGAGUGGACUCUGGACCUAUUGUUGCCUCCACCCGCAAAUUGUAUGAGAAAAAGCUGCAGAAGCUUUUGGACCAGCCUCCAGCUGAACCUGAAGCUCCUACAGACGUCACAGCUCUCCCAAAGGCAGACAGUAACCAGAAUGGCAACACCAAUUCUGAUCAGUAUAGUGACAAGGAAGAUGAAGAGAUUGCCGCCCCUGAACCAGAGCCGGUUCCUGUGGUAGAGAAGCCUGUGAGGAGCAGAGGGAAAGCCCCAGUUACUGUCAGAACAAGCAGCAGACGACAAGCCAAGGUGGUAGAGGAAGUUGUCACUGAAGAAACCCCGAAGAAAAACGAGAGUGUUGUUGAAGAUAUCCUUGCCAAUGAAAUAAGCACACCAACAGGAAUCAGUGCGACCUGCAGGCGUCCCAUCCGAGGUGCAGCUGGUCGACCGCUAAAACCAAGUGAUUACUGGCUGGAUGAGUCACGUGUGCAGCGUACUGUCCUCAAAGAGAGUCGUUCGUACUCAGAGUCUUUCUCAAAAGUAGGCAGUACUGCCUCUUCAAGCAAAGCCCCAGUCCGAAGAGGUUUCCUGUCUUUGCUGCUGAAGCUCCUGCUCCUUGUUGUGGUGUGUGGUUCUCUCUAUUUUGCUUAUCAGAGUCUGGAUGCAGAUCAAAUCAACACCCUCAAAGGCCUCUGUGACAGCAUCAUCGUACCCCUUCAAGGCCUUGUGAACGAUGCAGCCACCUAUCUAGGCAUCAGCAGCAGUCCUGCCACAGAGGGCCCCGGCAAGUAAAGUCCUCGGCGGUCUUUAGCCAUGCCUACCCACCCCACCUCCCUCAGCCUGCCACAGCACACCACAACUCAAGCAGUAAACUUGGCUCACUUUCUGCUUUUUAUCGGCGUGGUCGGACAAAGUACACAGAUUUAAUUGGAACGAUAAACUUUCUCCUCUCUGGGCUCCAGCUUCUCUCCUGCCCCAGGAGGAAACAGUAGAUUCUGGAUUACACAGUUUUGUGGCGGUCGAAAGAGACUUCUUAAUGUUGAUUUUAAUCUGUGCAUUGUUUGUGUCUUUGUGUGUAUUUAACCCAUGUUUAUAGAAACAAAUGCAGACAGGGAGGCCAGUUUACCCAUGCAUGGUUGUAGUUUAUGAAGGUCAUCAUGUAGUUUCUAUCUCUAUGUGCCAGGUGUUUUUCUGACGGUGAAGUGCCUGGACGGUGUUAGCACGUAGUGCCCUCCCAUUUUCAAGCAUAAGGAAGUGCUUCUACUAAUAUCAGAAUGUCCACGCGUCUUUUUCUGUUUGCAUUUCAACAUUUGCUCUGUAGCUUUAGAUUUAGUUUGAGUGAAUCAUUAUUUCACUGGUGCUCAGGUCCAUUCAGUUCAAAUUUUCUGAUGUGGUCAGAGCUGGGAGGAGACACAUCGUGUAAUCAGGUCUCAUCACUGUAUGAGGAAAAACAGCCUUUACUCAGUUUGAGGUGUAAAAAAAUUUCUUUAGAGGCUGAUCACCGCUAAACUCAUUAUGGGCCAAAACAUGGCUGAAUGGUGACUAAAGUGGUUACUACACGUGCAUCACUCUGUAUUUUAGUCAUGGUUUUGUCAAUGGGUUAAGGAUGAAAAUUUACUGUACUUUAGGGUUGUUUUUUAGACUCAGCAAUUUAAAAACUACAUUUUAAAUUUAAAAGAGAAACAGAUUAAAAUUAUGUAUUAUUUGUUCAAAAAGUCACUCCAUGAGCAAACUGAAUUUAAGCGCUCAUUUUUUAAUUUUCCAGCUCUGCCAGUGUGCCCAUUUUAGUUUACAUGCUUUGAUUUUUGUUGCUCUGUUGUGCUUUUUUUUGUUUUUCAUUAGUUUUGGAUCCUUCAGUCCUUUGUGCAGGAUUGGUUGAUGCAGUGCACCCACAUAGCCCACCUCACUAUUAGCAUGUGUCCAGACGUGGCAGAUCUAUAAAGAACUUACAGGUUCAGAUUUGGCAAUUUCAUCAUAAGUGAAUUGAAUUUUUUUUGUUUUUUUUCUUUCUUUACAAAAAAAUAUACUUUGAACUUCUUCUGCCUGUGCAAAUAACCAUAAUUUAGACACUGUAAGUUACUAUGAAAGGGGUCUUUCACACAGAGUGAGACAUUAGUAUUCACAGAAGGUAAUAUGGGGGUUGGGAAGAUUGCUGGGACUUUUUGUUUCUAUUUUGAUAUUUUUCUAAAGUGGCGUGUUCAACUUUUUAUAGCACAUUUUACUGUUGCAUUUGAAAGCAAUAUGUGUGACAUGCAAAUGAUACUGUAUCUUAAUCUGAACAUUACUGACUUAAUUCAAGUGAUUUAUCAUCAGGCAGCUCCCCCACAAUGGACAAAAAUGACAGGGGUUAUGUGGGUAAUGAUUUUUAAUCUGUUUAUUUAUGAUAAUGUAGGCAGUGUAUCAUAAAAUAAACUUUGUUGUGCCAGA